CAGAGUUCAGGGACUUUCUGCUUGGUGGUUCAAACGUGCAGACAGGGAUGGGCAUCAACCUUACAGUCUGGAUUCUAGACUUUCCCUAACCAUUCAUCUUUCCAUUUGGUAGAAUCAGGGUGUCAUCUGUGGAUAACGAAAUUCUUAUGACCGAGGUGCACAUUGAACUGUACCUUGAAUACAAAUAUUUCCCACUUAUUUAGAAUGGGGCCUGUGACUUUGUUGUGCAUAGCUGCCCGUGUGUGACUGUCAAUGUGUAAGGACUGUUACCACAGACUCAGUUCGGCCUGCCCGGAGGGAUAGAGGGAAGAGCAGGAAGAGAGCUGCCUUGGGGCGCUGGGACCGGGCUGGGAAGACAGGCUUGUUGGCUCCCUCUGUGAUCAGCACCCGAGGCCACCUUCCCUGAGUCCGCUCGGCGCCGUUCCUCGCCCAGUCCGAUCGGUGAUCUCGGCCCAGGUCUGGGGUUGGCGUUUCGCUUUUAGUUCCCAUCUGCACCUUGGGGUUCUGCGCUCUGCUCGCCAUGGAGUCCCGGCCGUGCAGCAGGCCCGCUGAGCCUCGGCAUUGCGUGAGCGGCCGGGCGGGCGCGGGUUUAGCGUGCCCGGCGUUCCCAUUGUCCGCUGCCGGGGCGGAGCCCGGGAGCCGCAUUGGAACUGUGGCCGCUGUGCUGCCGGCUGGGGGCUGCGGAGAAAGGAUGGGCGUCCGCACCCCGAAGCAGUUCUGCCGGGUCCUGGAGAGGCCGCUCAUCAGCUACACACUGCAGGCUAUGGAGAGAGUAUGCUGGAUAAAGGACAUUGUUGUGACAGUGACAGGGAAGAACAUGGAAGCCAUGAGAAGUAUCAUUCAGAGGUAUGGGCAUAAGCGCAUCUCACUAGCUGAGGCCGGAGCCACGCGUCACAGAUCAAUUUUCAAUGGACUGAAAGCCCUGGCAGAAGAUCAGCCAGGCUGUGAACUCACUAGGCCAGAAGUUGUGAUUAUCCACGAUGCCGUGAGACCUUUCGUUGAGGAAGAUAUCCUCCUGAGAGUUGUCCUAGCAGCUAAGGAGCAUGGGGCAGCAGGAGCAAUUCGACCUCUGGUGUCCACUGUCGUCAGUCCGUCUGCUGAUGGUCACUUAGACCACUCACUGGACCGUGCCAAGCAUAGGGCAAGCGAAAUGCCCCAGGCUUUUCACUUUGAUGUGAUCUAUGAAGCGUAUCAGAAGUGUAGUGAUUUUGACUUGGAAUUUGGAACAGAGUGCUUGCAGUUGGCUCUAAAAUACUGUCACAGGAAAGCAAAACUUGUAGAAGGGACCCCUGACCUCUGGAAGGUGACCUACAAACAGGACCUGUGUGCAGCUGAAGCCAUGAUUAAGGAAAAAAUUUCACAGGAGAUUUGUGUGGUCAUGAACACAAAAGAUGAAGAAUCUGUAGGACAUCUUCUUGAGGAAGUGCUAAGAAAUGAACUAAAUUGUAUUAAAGUCACAUCCACAGUUUUGGAUCGCACUAGUGGAGACAUUGAGAACUUCAUAGACCAAUGCUACAGUUUCAUCUGUGUGAAUGUUGUGUCCUCUGAGAGUCAAGAAACCAGGAAGUUACUAAGUAUCCUUGAAGAGAGCAGCCUUCCUCUUCUGUAUCCCGUAGUUGUCGUUUUGGUGUGUUGCUUUGAUUUCACGGUAGUGCCGCUCGCUCAGGAGAUGGAAAACCUGAUGUGGAUCAGGGAAUUAGCAAAGGAAGCAAAAGGAAGGAAUAUUCUAUUAAGUGGAGUCCUCCUAAAUCACUCACAGGAUGAGCAGAAGCUACAAGAGAGUCUAGUACAAAGUGCAGCCAUCAUAGCUGCCUUGGUUAAGGAAAGAAAUUCUGCACUCGUCGGGCAGCUCCUGGUGGCAUGAAGAACACAGACGAAAAUCAUCUAUAAGCUUCCAAAGAUCCUUCCCUAAGACCCCCCACCCCACUUGACUGCCUCCCCACCUCAAUGUCUCCUCCUUGUGAAUACAAUAUUUUCAUUGUUUUCUGAUCUUGCCACUUAUUGGAUGUGACGUUUAGGUUGUGACAAUGGGUUAAUGUGUGUGUUCAUGAACUUAUGUAUCAAAUACAAUUGGCUCCAACUAGAAAAGGAUAAAUAAAUGGCAAAUAUUGCUUUCAUGUAAAGAAUAUGUUCACUACUGCAGCAAGUCCAAUUGACAUGAUAAGGUUAGCUAUUCCUUCAAAGGCAAGAGUUUAGACAGCUUGGUGGUUAUGGUAAGUUUAUGCUAAUUAACAUAUUGUUCGCAUUAUAGUGGAGCUAAUGAAUAGGCUUCAGAAUUAGUCCCAAUUCCAAAAUCAACCUCUUCCUAUGUGAGGAUGCAUCUUUUGCCUUGUUUUGGAAUUCACUGCACCUUAUAAAGAGUAGGGGAGCUGGGAAGUUGGCUUAGUGGGCAAGCUCUUGUCUAGUGUGGAUAGAGCAGCAUCACAGAAGAAAAAGAAAAACACGCUGGUAAAUAUUGGGCAGAAACCAGAAAGGGGAUGUCUCCAGUUUCCUUCCCCUUUGUCUUUUAUGUUCUUGAUCUUUAGAGAUUUCUAAAGAGACUGAGAUUCACUCUUUUAUUAGUUUAAAUUGUAUCUUUUCUUUGGUUUAUGAGAUGUCGUGCUGACAUUAUUUUAAAGAGUCUCUACUUCUAGGUUAGUUUCAGAAAUGUCUGGAGAGCUUCAUGAAGGUUGAGUUGCUUCGGUCCAUCCGUGCCUAUGAUCUUCUGAAAAGCAGGGAAGCCAGUGAAGUGGAGUUAGCUAAUCUUGCUGUAGGAAUGGUGGCCUUGCUAAAUCAAGAUUCAUUCUUUACAAUCUCUAUUGCCUAUACAUUAUAUUAUCUUUUAUGUUGCACUUAAUAAUUAUAUAUACAUAUGGUUGUGAAAAUGCCUUUGGUUGCAACAUAAAUUUUUUAUUAAAGUAUGUUAAAUCAUUACAUUCUAGAACUUACACUGGAUAAAGAAAUUAUAAAAGCUGCAUGAAAUGUGUUUACUCAGGAUUGUCAAUAAAUAUGUCUACUUUCUGAAAUGUCUCUUGCAACAUGUUAAAUAAAUUUCCUCUAUAUUUUUGAGUUUCAA